UACACACAAUGGAUAAUUUAUGGUUAUUAUUAUGCUGUCUCUUGCAGUUGACCAGAAAUGCAGCUGCAGCUAUCGGAGUCGGAGUCGGAAUUGUGCAAUUUGAGAAUCCCUCUGGAGGGGUUGAACUGAGGGAGGGAAUGUCUUCGCCUUUGGCAUUGCCAUCGGCACUCAUCCUGACGCCAUCGACGCCAUCAAUAACGCAUUUUGUAAAUGACUCCUUUAUCAUCUUUUGCAAAACAGUACAAAAGGAUAUCGAUACCAAGUGGCGUGAUCCCAGGGGCCAAACCCGCGAGAACACCAAAGGACGUGUCCACAUCGAAAAGAAGACGGGUCUGUUGGCCCUCGUCUUUGAGCAUAUUUCACUGGACGAUAAGGGUAACUGGACCUGUGAAAUGGACUCAGCUGCUGCACGGGAAGCAACAAAAUCAUUUGAGCUUCUCGUAAAUCAAAAGAUUUCAUUCGAUAAGACGGAACAAGUGCAAUCAGUGCGCGAAGGACGCGAUGCGAUGGUCAAUUGCUUUGUGAAGGGUCAACCCGCACCGGAAGUCUCUUGGAUGCACAAUGGCGAAUAUAUAAACACUGUGAACUCAACGAAACAUAAACGAUUGUCUGAUGGACUGUUCAUCAGGAAUGUGAGUCAAUCGGAUGCCGGGGAAUAUACUUGUCGUGCCAUGAGAAUCACACCAACAUUUUCCGACUCCGAUCAAAUAACGAUACUGCUAAGGAUACAACAUAAGCCCCACUGGUUCUAUAACGAAACGCUCCCGAUGCAGUACGCCUAUGUGGGCGGGGCCGUUAACCUCAGCUGCGAUGCGAUGGGAGAACCGCCACCAUCGUUCACCUGGCUGCACAACGGCAAGGGCAUCGUUGGAUUCAAUCAUCGCAUCUUCAUGGCCGACUAUGGUGCGACUCUCCAGCUGCAGAUACGCAAUGCCAGCCAAUUUGGCGACUACAAAUGCAAAGUUGCCAAUCCUCUCGGGAUGCUGGAACGUGUUAUCAAACUGCGUAUGGGCGCUAAGCCCAUUGGGCCAACACGCUUCCAGCUGAAGCGCCUCUAUCCAGAUGCCUUCGAACUGGACCUGCGCACACCUCGCAUGACCAACGUGUCCGAUGAGAUGCAAAUCUUUGGAUAUCGUGUGGCCUACAUGAGUGAGAACGAUUUCAAAUACAGCGCCGGCAAUUGGAGUCAUGCCAAGCAACGCGAUUUCUCCUUCCAUCGUGGGCAUCGUUUCAUCAUACCCCACCUAGAGGGCAACACGACAUAUUUGAUGCGUGCUGCAUCCAGAAAUCUGGCUGGACUAAGCGAUUGGAGUAACGUGAAAAUAUUUGCAACUGCAACGGCUGCAAGCUGGAAAUGGCAACUGGGAAGCUGCCACAUGCUGAUUAUUGGACUCGCUUUGAUUUGGCAUUAAAACAAUUAUCAUUGUUUAUUUGUGAUUGAUAGCCUUGGUUAAUGUUGCUGUUGUUAUUGUUGCUGAUUUUGGCACCUUGUGUUUAUGUGUAUCUUCUGUGAUAGAGUUUUGUGUGCAAUUCACUUCCAAGUUUCCUCGAAUGAAGAGAAACUGCUUUGCUAUGUUCAUUCAUUGCCAAUUCUCUUGCCAACAUUCUCUAAUUUCAUUCAUCUACGUUUUGGCUUUAGAUUUGUAUACAAAGGAGAAUCAAUAGAUAUAUUAUUAUACACAAAAAUCAUAUGCAUUGUCAACUCUACCUUAUACGAGUACUAGUUAAAUCUAAAUUUAGCCUAACUCUACAUCAAUGUUGUUCAUGCGAAACUAAAUAAAUAUUUCUAGCGUUUAAGAUUUUCCCACAACAACAAAAACCUAAAGACACUUUGAUGAAAUUUAC